AUGUAUGCUUCUACAACACAUACUUUUCACACGACCGAAUACAGCUCUCAUAACCCACCUUGGCAAAAACUGCUUUGGGUAAAACAAAACUAUCCUGACAAUUACGUUGAUGACACAUUCUUAGAUGAGCUACAGAGAAACGUGAAUGUAAGGACGUAUGACUACUGGACGAUGGUCUAUGAAUCAGGCAUCAUUACACAGCAUAUUAGCAGUGUUGUGAUCUUUAUAGCUGUUUUUAUUUAUUUACAAGAUCACUCACUCUCUGGUAACCACUUGAUCUGGACUGGAUCCUUUUUGACAGGUGUUGGUUAUAUUUUUUGGGACUUGAGGAUCAGAAACAUGAACGAACUAAAGCGCCAGCGAGUUGUCAAAAGUGCAUUUUUCUUCUUUAUUACUUUGUUGGGUCUUUCGCCUAUCUUGAAGACAUUGACAAGUCAAAUAAGUGAUGAUACCAUUUAUGCACUGACUGUGUGCUGCUUCCUUGCUAAUAUUUUAUUUCACGACUAUACGACUCAAGUCAAAAUACCUGGCUCAUUGUCAACCAACGCAGCCAUUUUUGCUUCUGUAUUACUCGCUUCAAGAUUAGAUACGAAUGUGGAUGUGUUUGCGUUCCUGUCAUUUGCAGUCGAAUGGUUUUCUUUAUUUCCAAUCUUUCGAAGGCAAUCCAAGAUAAGCCUGACAGUGACAAUGCUACUUGCCUGUGUCUUACUGUUCAUUCGUAUUUCAAAAGCCGUUGUGUUUCUGUACAUGCUGGGCUUUUGCUUUCUCACUUUUGUUUGUCCUUACUGGCUAAUUUUUAUCCAGAAAUAUAAAAAUGAAAUCCAUGGUCCUUGGGACGAAGCAAGGCCUCGCCUACAAAGACCAAGGCGUAACAUGUAUAGUAGAAAAAAAGUCAAUGCAUAA